AUGCCAAACGUCGGCGGUCCGAAAAGCAGCACGAGGCGCCUGUUAGCUAGCGUCAUCGAUACUGUGAUAUGGGUUUCAGGGCGGGGACGUAGCUCUGAAAACCAAGCGCAACCGCGAAAAGCUGUCCAGGACGUUCUGGCUGAUGGUCUCAUGAGUCGCGAGACCAUACAGAACAAUACAGUCGGAGACAGUAUGCGUUAUCGCCGGGAUGAUCCCCAACUGCAUCACUUUGGCGGAGGAUAUCGAGUGCUACAAUUGAAGAAAUGCCAGAAACGUGAGAAUCGAUUUGGUGGUAAGGUGGCUGCAGGAAUGGGACAAUUCGGCUACCGGCUCAUCCUAAACCUGUUGAUGUGGUUCAAUAGAAAUCACAUAGAGAUCAACUUCCACCUGACACAGCGCUUGUCGAGCCACGGUUUCAUCAGGAGAUAUCUUCAUCAGUUCGGGACAGGCAACGUUACCGUUGUGCCGGAAGUGUGA